AUGAAAGAUAAUCCAAAAUUAAAAGUUUUUACUGUUGCAGGAAACCAUGAUGAAGUUUCGACACCUUCUAUUUCUUCAAUCUCUCAUCAAUACUUAAAUUGCAUUUGCCAUGGAGAUUCUACGAAAUAUGAAGUAAAUACUUUCGAUAUUGACACAUCAAAUGGCAGAAUUCAUAUUAUUUUGUAUAACCCAUACUUCUUUCCUUAUUCACCAUGCCCUUACGGUACAUUCUUGAAGCCAACUCAAGAACAAUUAAUGGAACUCGAAAACGCUGUCGAUAAAAGCAAAGAUUGUUUAUUCAACUUACUUAUGAUGCAUCAUCCAACCGGUGCACUUGAAAAUAGCGAGCAAUUCUUGAAUGUUGUCGGUCCAUUAAACAAUUUCAGGUAUUCUCUUGUUGGUCAUUAUCAUUUCGAGGAAGGAUACAAGCAUGUUGUAGGUCAUGGAAUCGUAGAAUCAAUUGGUCCAACGCCAAAGAGUUGCCAAAAUUUCAUUGACAUCAUUUCUAUUGAUAAUGGCAUUUCAGCGAUCAGUACUGUUGACACUACAAAGCCAAUAUCAGUAGUUAUAUGUCCUCCCCCUGCAGAUCAAUUUGUUCCGAGAAAUUAUUACAUUGGAAACGAUUUCAGAGUCAGAGUUGCCUUUUUCGACAAGCAGCCACAUAACGUUCGCGUAAAUAUCGAUGGUUUCGUAUGCGGUGAGUUGGAGAAAGACUUUGAAUCUGAAAAUUAUGUUGUUUACGGAUUAAAUGUCAAUUGCCUGUCAGGAAGCCAUCAACUCUUCCUUAACGGUGAUAUAGAGAAGUCAAUGAACUUCAUUGUCGGUAAGGAAAGCGAAGAAAGGAAGCAAUUUUCCCCAGGAUACCAUUUACGGGUGAAAAAGAUCGUUAACAUGGCUAUAAGUUCAGAUAUUGUGAUGGCAAUUCUCUUGAUACUUCCUUUCAUACUUGGAAACAUACCAUUUGUCUCUUCGUUUUUCAAGAGAAUUGAUGAUUAUUUGAUUUCAGGAAAUCAAUACACAAAAAGUGACAUCCUUGAUUUCUUUGUUUCUCUUUUUGUAGGACCUUUCUACAUGAUGUGGAGGUUCUCUCAGGCAUCAACAUUCCUCAAAUGCCUUGCAAUAUUCACACAUGUGUUGAGAUGGAUUUUCCCGUUUCAUUUCAGCCGUGGACCUCCAUUUACAACAGUUUGGUUCUGGGGAAUCACUUUUGGCUGCAAGACAUACAUAGAUAAGACAGUAUGGAUGGCUGAAGCUAUUUCUAUUGGCGGAAUCUCUUGGCCGUUGUAUAAUUUGGUUAUGUUGAUUGGAAGCGGUCAAAAGUUCAAUGGAACGAUUCUAUUCUUGCUUGCCUUCGGAGUUCUCCUGGUUGCAGGCGGAAUUUGGGGAAUCUACGUAAUGGCAAACAUGGCUGACGGACUUUGGGCUUUCUUUACAUCGCCAUCAUUACACAAGACAAUCAUCACGUUCAUAAUACUCUGUGUUUAUCUUACAAAUGUCCCCGCAGUCAGACAAUUACUCAGUAUUUAA